AUGACAACGCCAGAGUCUCCGAACUCCGACGAUGUCCCCGAAUGCGGAAGCUCAUAUAAAGUGGUCAUUGUGACUGGUGCAGGCACGGGAAUUGGUGCAGAUACUGCGGUGCUCCUUGCCGAAAGAGGCGCCAGAGUGGUCAUUGUCGGCAGAACAGAAGGUCCGCUCCGUGAGGUCGAGGAAAAGAUCCAAAGCUUGGGUGGGGAUGUUCUUGUUGCAGUAGCAGAUGUCUCCGACCUACAUAUGGUCGAGAAAGUCGUGGAAGAUACUCUGAACAAGUUCGGUGCACUCCACUACGCCGUCAAUAAUGCCGGUGUCUCCGGCCAGAACUGUGAAAUCCCCGACCUCCCCAAGGAGGUUUGGGACCAAACCAUUGCUAUCAACCUAUCAUCACUCUUCUACUGCAUGAAGGCCCAGCUUGCAGCCAUCGACAAAGCGGGCGGCGGAGCUAUCGUCAACGUGUCAAGCGUCUUCGCCGACCGUGGUAUACCUCAACGUGCUGCUUACUCGGCGAGCAAGCAUGCCAUUCGUGGUCUGACCCGUGUUGCUGCUAUAGACUGGGCAACUCGAAACAUUAGAGUCAACGAACUCCAACCCGGUGUUAUAGAAACUCCAAUGACGAAAACCAACCCCGAAGAAACUGCGCAGGUUGCAGCCACAAUCGCAGCGCAACGUAUGGGUAGGGGAAGGGAGUGCGCAACCGCCAUCGCGUUUCUUCUUUCUGAUGAUGCUUCCUACAUCACGGGUACUCGGCUUGCCGUGGAUGGGGGAUUCCUUGCAUAG